CAAUUUCCAAUAUGUGGAUCGCAUCUCGUAUGAGAUGAUUGCCAGCAAUGGCAUGGAGCAGUUUGAGAAGCUUGUUCUGCUCCAUGUCAUUAUUGGCGGGAAGCCCUUGGUCAUUGACGGGUUCGAGGAGGUUUUGGACCCGUGGACAUUCACACCGUCAUGGCUGCGAGACAAUCACGGCGAAAAAGUCGAGAACGCACGCAACCUCAUCUCGAAAGAAAACAUUCCUCUCACCAUCAAACACUACCUCAAGCAUUUGAACAAGCUCACCGAGCAGUUUUUCGAUAGCCCGGACCGCUACAGGGACAAGACGCGCCAACGCAUAUAUCUGAAGGACAUCGACUGCCCGCAAGUCUGGCAAGACAAACUCAAGGACCACAUACCCUCUGGCCUCUUUUAUCUCAACGACAGCACGGGCGAGGUUGAUGGAGCUGGGGCGCUCGAAGACUCCACGGGGCGCAGAGGUCGUGGCAUUGGGCGCUCUGGGGACCUGAUGAGCAGCCUUCCACCAGAAAUGCGUGCUGAGAAUCUGAUGUGUUACAUCGGACAUGAGGGAACGUAUACACCGUCACAUCGUGAGAUGUGUGCUUCGCUCGGGCAAAACAUCAUGGUGGAUGCGUCAAAGCAGAUCAGCGAGGAUGGAAAACCUGAGCACCCGGGGUCGUCUCUCUGGUUUAUGACUGAGAUGAAGGACCGGCAUCUCGUCUCCGAAUAUUGGCUCUCCGUACUUGGCCACGAUAUUGAGGUGGAAAACCACUUCGCCCAACUCAUUGCAUGGAAGAAGGCGCCUUUCAAAACAUACGUUGUCGAGCAACGGCCUGGUGACUUCAUCUUGAUUCCACCGCUUGCUCCACACCAAGUCUGGAAUCGUGGCACUCGUACCAUGAAGAUUGCAUGGAAUCGAACGACUGUCGAAACAUUGGAACUCGCAAUGUCCGAAGCCUUGCCGAACUCCAGGAUCGUGUGCCGUGAUGAGCAAUAUAAGAACAAGGCUAUUGUUUACUAUACGCUUCUCAAAUACUCGCAGCUCAUCAAAACUGCGCGCGCUCUAGUUGAAGCCGGUGGCGACCAAGCGGAGGCAGUUCAGCAUUCGCUGAAAGUCCGACAAGUACAACGAGACUUCAAAAGACUCUUCGACCUGUAUAAGUCAAUCAUGCUUUCGGAAAUGUUUGACCAGACCUCAAGAGAGCAAUGCGAGUUUCUGCCGUAUGACAGCAAUGUUACCUGUGCUUAUUGCAGAUGCAACAUCUUCAACCGGUUCCUCAGCUGCAAGUCUUGCAAAAAUCUGUUCAGCUCGGAGAUUGAAGAGCCUUACGAUGUUUGCAUGGACUGUUACUGUAUGGGCCGCAGCUGUGGUUGCCAAUCAGGCUACCAGUGGACCGAGCAGUGGAAGUGGAAAGAUCUGAUGCAUAAAUACGAGGAAUGGCGUGCUCAGAUCAUCGACAUCGACGGUCAAAUGACUGAGAAGACACCUCUGCCUUUGCAGGAAGAGCGUCGAUAUUUAGGCAAGAAAACAUUGGCGCAAGUAUGCCAGGAGCAACUUAAAAUUCGACCAUUCGUGGACAUAAACGCUCCCCAAGCCGAGGACAAUUCGGAAGACGAAGAGAUCGAAGUCGACGCGUAUGGCGUUGCGAAAAAGGUCAAGAACAAAAAGUCUAAGCAAUGGUUGAAGGCACACAAGUCAUGCCAUACCUGCCUGCAUCGACAUCCCAACUGGAAAGUAGCAUUUUGUUCGAAUUGUGCCAUGGGUUUCUGCUACGGCACUCUAUUCCGAGCACACGACAUGAUGCCUUUGAGCGUCAUGGAGCAGUACAGUUGGAAAUGCCCCCAUUGCAGAAAGGUCUGCAACACGGGACACUGUCGACGCGACCCUCGCCAGCGUCCCUACGAACCUAAAGGCACGCUUCUCGGUCACGACACAAAGAAAGUAGCUGACCCUCGCUCUGUUGAAUGUCUCGUCGAUUUCAGUGUGUCCAAUCUCAACUGGAUGCGUGAAGAAGAAGGUAUGGGCCAGAGUGCAAUGCAACGGCGUAUGCAGCAAGCUGAAGAGGACCGAAUGGCUGACCCGUCGCUGGACCCUCGGUACAUGGAUGAAGAUCCUGCAUACCCCCGGAACGGCAUUGCGUAUUCACCAGUGGAAGAUUCAAAUGGUAAUGUAGACGAUAAUGGUGGUUUCGUGGAUAUCGACACAAUACAAAACGGCGAUGCGGGUGGCUAUGACCCCAAUCAUGACCCGAACAGCGACAUCCCGCGCUUGGGGCAGAAGCGAGGACGUGAGGACGAAGAAACCAGUGGCCGCAAGAAGAAAAAAAUCAAGAAACAGAAAAAGAAGAAAGACGAGGAUGAACCUCUGGAGCCAAAGAACGUUUCUGGAAAGCAAUAUCAGAAAGAGAUGCAACGCAGACUUUUGGACGAGGCCAAGCGUGAGGACAGGUUCGUUCUCGUUGCUGCCAAGAUGAGGAAUAAGUCGAUGAUUGUAAAGCUCUUUCUGGAUCCUCAGAUUCUGGAGAAUAUUAGCAACCGACCGGUGCCCGAUCGACCUCUGGUAUCGAUACGACAGGAGACAUACAACGUCGAAGAACAAAGUAACCACAUGGGAUCUAUCUUACAAUCUGACGUCGUUCCAAAAGCGACGUCUGCAAGAACUCUUGACGAAAAGGAGAAGGCGACAAAGGUUUUCCGAUAUCGAGCGGAGCCUGACGAUUCGUAUACAACGAAGAAGCGGAAUGCCGAUAUUGGCGGACCAGCCAAGACUCCUGGUCGGCCUCGCGGGUCGCGGCGAUAUGAGGAGAUAACGCUCGAAUCUGACGAAGAGCUCUACGAUGAUGAUCGUGGUGAUGGCGCCUACCCUGGGCGCAGCCGCGCACGUGCAUCGAACUGGCUCGCACGGAAGAAUCAAGACGAGGAUGAGGACAUGCCGACUGAACUCCCAUCCGACUUCAGAGACGGCAUUGCACGACCAGGACGCGAUCGCGAGCGGGAGCGCGAAAGGGCACGUGAAAGAGCCGAGCAGAGGAGGUUGAUGCCAGCAAAGCCACAGUCAGUGAUCAGACCUAAGGGUCGACCGCCGAAGGCUCAUCGGAAUAGCACCGUCAACAAUGACGCUCAGCCAGAAAACGAAGAGCAAGAUGCGGGGCAUGAGGAAAUUGAGCAAGGCCCACCUAGCGAAUCGCUCAUUCUUGCUCAACAGGCUGCCGCAGUCGCUCUUGAGGCUCGACAGCGUGAAGAGGAUGCUCAUCGAAUGGCAGCAGAGGAGGAAGAGCGAGCAGCUAUUGCCGAGCGCGAAGCUCAGGAAAAUUUGCGUGCAAAGAUGGCCCUUUUCAACUCUGAUGACGAAGAGCCUGUUGACGACUUCUUCAACGACCUCGCUGCCGAAGAUCCAGUCCUCGACGAACCAGACUUUGACACUUUUGCUGAACCUAUACGAACCGGACCUCCCCAGGCCACCAACUCGCUGUUCGAUCGCCCAGAGAUGAACGGUAAGAAGAUCAAAGUUGUUUCUUCUGCAUCAAAGCGCAACGGCGAGAACGCUACCACGACUACAACCACAUUUACUGCUCCCGUGUCAACUUUCACAAGUGUCAACGAGACACCGCAGGCUAGAAUUUCAUCGGACUCGGACAGUGACGACGAGAUUCCUGCAACUGCACCAGUACCAAAGAAACCUGUCGGUAGACCGCGUCUAGUGCCAUCAAGAGGUGGCAUGGUGCCGAGCAGGGGUGGUGGGACACCGAAGCGAGCAAGAGGUCGCCCCAGGAAAACGAUGUAGCGGACACACAGGUCGAAGGUGGGAUAAAGUGUCGUCGAGACAGUACACGUUGCUUUUCUUUGCAUCCCAGCGAGGCGCUACGGAGGUUUACAUAGCAUUUUCUUGUUAGGGAGCCCUUGUGAUUGGGCUACUUUGAAUGGGAGCAUUGGGACAAGUAUCCGUAUCUAACGCAAGGCCCUGUUCUCUGAGGUAGUCAGUCUUUCAAUUUUCAACCACUGAAUGCAUCCUGCUCACAG